UGGAGGCUCAGUUCGAAGGAGGCAGCCGGCGAAUGCGUUUCACCUCCGCUUGAGAAUCGCGACAAAAAGAGUUAACAAUACGGCCCCGAAGCGUGCGUUGUCUUAUCGAGUAACCAAUUGGCUGGCCCAGCGAUCACAGCAGGUUGCACAACGCCAGGAAUAGCGAAUCGGAAUCGAAUAUACAUAUAUAUAUAUCCCAGGAAUUGACAAAGUACAAAAAACCAGCACCAAAAUGGGCAUGGGCACUGGGUUCUCGAAGUGCUUCAUACUCUUUAUGGCAAUUGUGAUACUGGCCCAGGGCGUCAUAUAUCUGGGUUUGUCCAUCUGGGGAAUCACCUUCCGCACCUGCCAUGAUGCCACCAAUUUCGCAGAUAAUCCCUUCAAGUUCGCAAUGGAGUUGAUUUACUUUGCCCAGAAAGAUUGCGGUACCCCUGCUUUGGUGGUUCAGGGACAGGAUUUCCAACUGCAAAUGGAUUGGACCAAGUCCUUUACGAUCACCAAUCGGGAGUAUAUCUUUAUGAUUACCUAUGCGGUGGUCAGUGGCCUGUGGGUGGCCACCUCUGUCUUGAUUAUCACCACAUUGUGCAAUCGCACCACCAAGCUUAUCUCUGGUGUUGUCUACUGGCCCUGGUUCCUGUCCGUCCUCGCCGGCUGCAUCCUCGAUGUAGUGGCUUCAGUGUAUCAUGGAAUUGACUUAAGCCAUACAAUGUCCCUGGAAGAUGCUCUAAGCUAUAUUGGAGGCACGGCCGAUACCGAAAACAAUUUCUGGGCGCUGCUGGAGCCAUUCGGUGUAUACUUCUCAACACCUUCCAUUGUGAUGCUUUGCCUGACGACCCGUGUGGCCAUCAUCUGGCUGCUGAACAUCAUUGGCGCCAGCUUCUGCCUGUCGCUGUCCGGAAUUAUGGCUCAACAGAAUGCCGCCAAGACUAAGGCCAAGGUUGUAACCGGUAGUCAGGCGCCCACGCGCCAGCCAACACCUCAGCCGGCGGUGGUUGCAGCGCCGGAGCCCAUGGUGAUGGCUGAGGUGGAGACCGUGGUACUGCCUUCGGCACCGGCAGAGACCCAAUAUCCUGAGCAGAUUCGGCCCAAGCCGUUGCCCAUCUUUAUACCUGCGGAGCAGAACCUGCAGCGUCAGGAUUCUCGGCAAUAUGCCCCUGGUGAUCGCACUACGCUGCAGUCACCCGUAAUGGUACUACCGCCGCAGGUGUCCCAGCAGCAGCGGGAUGUGGUCUCCCAGCAGCCGGACAUCAACACCUAUCGCACUACUGAGGCCCAUCCUGAUCGCCUGAAUUAUCCGCCGUCAGAGCCGGCAACACCGCGUUCGCCCUCACCAGCUGUACAGCAACUGGCGGUCACCUCGCCACUAAAUAAUCGCUACAGCGAGAUGUAUCCAGCGCCAGCCAAUCCCCGUGUGAGCGAGGAGCUCCGCAACCAGAUGCCGUGGUCGUACACCAGCAUGAUCACGAAACCGCCACCGCCGCCACGCAAGCCGCAGCUGCAGGUGCAGAUCUAUCCACAGAUUCCGGAGCCCGACUAUGGGGAUCACUAGAGAGGAGGCAUUGUGCAGGACGACGAGCAGCUCGACGCUGAUUGCGGGUUAAUCAGCACCUGGAAGCGUGGUUGUGACAAUGUUUUGUGUUAUUGUUAACUUUAUUGCAUAAAGCUAAAGCUGAUGGCCAACU